AUGGCGUCAAGAUGUUCGGGCGGACAUUCGGUGCUGCUACCGUUUCUCUACCCUUCGUUGUUUCUUUCCAAGAGCACCGCCGCGCCUCGUCUCGCUGCGAGAGCGGCCGCGAAUCGCCGCCAUAGCUCCACUCACGUAGCCCAAGAAUCGAAAACCACCAGACUCAACCCAGCUCCCGACGACUACUCCUCGCCCAUCUUUGCCGAUAAAGCCUCAGUGACACUAUAUGCAGGCCCCGGUGGCCAUGGUUGCAUCUCAUUCUUUCGCGACGCAUACCUCCCCGACGGCCCCCCUAACGGCGGCGAUGGUGGCCACGGAGGCAAUAUCUACAUCCAAGCUGUACAUGGCGAAACAUCGCUGCACAAACUGGCCAGGAGGCGCUUCAUUCGUGCAGGGAAGGGAAAGUCCGGACAGGGAAGCUCAAAGGGUGGUCAGCGAGGCGAAGACGUCAUCAUCACUGUACCAGUUGGUACCGUGGUCCGCGAGCUGAGCAGGGAAGACCCCAUCGCUGAGGAUGCGAUAAUGCAGCGCGCCAUGAAGGCGCAAAGGAAGGCCGAGAAAAGGGCCAAAUUAGCGCGACAGGUCGAGCUGGCGGAGCAGGCCAGACGAGAGCUGGAGGAGGGAGUCGAAGAGGAGGAUGAGGACAUGGCGGCGGAAAGGGAAAGGCAAGCUAAAAAGCAAGCGGAAGAUGAGUUUGACGAGCCCGAAGAUCCCGAUCGCAACAAGUUUCUUCUGUACCCCGGCCUCUCAAAGUCCGAUCUGAAGACGAUAUCUCUACCCAAAGCCCCUACCCGUCAGCGUCUUUACCACCAGCCGCCCGGCCCGAUCCAGCUCGACCUGUCGCGCCCGUCCCCGCAACCCAUCCUGCUCGCCGUUGGCGGCAUCGGCGGGCUCGGCAACCCGCAUUUCACGUCGCGCGAGUAUCCGCGGCCCAUUUUCGCCACAAAGGGCGAGCGCGCCGUGACCAUGGAGAUUGAGCUCGAGCUUAAGCUCCUCGCCGACGUCGGUCUCGUGGGGCUGCCCAACGCCGGCAAGAGCACCCUGCUCCGCGCCAUCACGAACUCGCGCACGCGCGUUGGCAACUGGGCUUUCACGACACUGCAGCCGAAUAUCGGCACCGUGGUGCUGGACAGCUACAAGGGGCGGCCCGUGAUCAAGAGCUACAAGCGGUAUCCGGCCGCCGACUCCGCGGCGCACGGCGGCGGCAGCGGCCCCGGCGCGGAGGAGGUUCUCGUUGAGCAGCGGACCCGCUUCACGGUCGCCGACAUCCCGGGUCUCAUCGAGGGCGCACACCUGGAUCGCGGCCUCGGCAUCGCGUUCCUGCGCCAUGUCGAGCGCGCCGGCGUGCUCGCCUUCGUUGUCGACCUCUCUGCGGGCCCGGCUGUGACGGCGCUCAAGGCCCUCUGGAAUGAGGUCGGUCUCUACGCCCAGAUGCGCGAGGAAGAGGAGCGCGCGCGCGAGAUUGAUGCCCGCGUCGACUGGGACCUCAACGCGGGUACCAGCAGCGAGGCUGCUUUGCAGGGUACCAUGAUGGUCGCCGGCGCCCCGCCGGCGCCGCAGCAGGAAUCGGGUCUGCGCAUCGCCGCCAAGCCCUGGUACGUGGUCGCCACCAAGGCCGAUCUCCCCGAGACGCAGGACAACUUUCAAAAGUUGAAGAGCUACCUCGAGGAGAUCAAGCAGGGCACCACGCCCCAUCCGAGUGGGAUUGAGAACGCCUGGACGGAGAAUGCGACCGCCAUUCCCGUCAGUGCCAUCAACGGCCAGGGCGUUGAUCGGAUUGUCCAUUGGACUGUGGGACUACUUGACGAGUAA